GAGAGAGAGGCGGGAGGCGAGGAAGAGGAGAGAGAGAGGAAGCUGCGAUAAACAUUGUCACAGAGUGAGUCUAAAGUAGGACAAUAAAGGGAUCACGGUAUCAAUGCUCGAACAAUGGACUUAGCAGAUAUGAUUCUCGUCAAAUUCCUCUGUUUCAUCUACUUAAUAAAUUACACCCAAGGUUACCAUUAUGGGAACCCCCUGAACAAGUAUGUGCAUCACUAUGAGGGUCUGUCCUAUAACACCUAUGAGUUACAUGACAAGCACCUGAGAGCCAAGAGGGCCCUCCACCACCAAGACAAGUUUCUCCAUCUAGACUUCCAUGCACACGGAAGACACUUCAACCUGAGGAUGAGGAGAGACACCAGUCUCUUUGCGGAGGACCUGAAGGUGUCCGUAGGAGGCCAGGAGGUGAUCUAUGACACCUCUCACAUUUACACAGGAGAAAUAUAUGGUGAAAAGGGCACACUGAGCCAUGGUUCGGUGGUGGAUGGCAAGUUCGAGGGCUUCAUACAGACGUACCAGGGGAAGUUCUACGUAGAGCCAGCGGAGAGAUACCUGAAGGACCGGGACAUUCCCUUCCACUCUGUUAUCUACCACGAGGAUGACAUCAACUAUCCCCACAAGUAUGGUCCGGAGGGGGGCUGUGCCGACCAAUCAGUGUUUGAGAGGAUGACAAAGUACCAAGCCACUGCCAUAGAGAAGCCAGACAAGGAGCUCCAUUCUGAGGAGGCGUCCAGUGACCCGGUGUUGCUGAGGAAGAGGAGGAUGGCUCAGAUAGAAAAGAACACCUGUCAGCUCUUCAUCCAGACAGACCACCUAUUCUUCAAGUACUACAAGACCAGGGAAGCUGUUAUCGCACAGAUCUCUAGUCACGUCAAGGCUAUAGAUGCCAUCUACCAGGGAACAGACUUCAUGGGCAUCCGUAACAUUAGCUUUAUGGUCAAGAGGAUACGGAUCAACACCACUACAGAUGAGCGGGACCGGUCCAACCCAUUCCGCUUCGCUAACAUCGGCGUGGAGAAGUUCCUGGAGCUGAACUCUGAGCAGAACCAUGACGACUACUGUCUGGCCUACGUCUUCACUGACAGGGACUUUGAUGAUGGUGUCCUGGGCCUGGCCUGGGUCGGAGCUCCUGCAGGGAGUUCUGGAGGGAUCUGUGAGAAAAGUAAGCUGUACUCUGACGGGAAGAAGAAGUCCCUGAAUACCGGCAUCAUCACAGUGCAGAACUACGCCUCUCACGUCCCUCCUAAAGUCUCACACAUCACCUUCGCACAUGAAAUAGGACACAACUUUGGCUCGCCUCAUGACUCGGGGUCAGAGUGCACCCCGGGGGAGUCUAAGACCCAGGAUAAGAAGGAGAAAGGGAACUACAUCAUGUACGCCCGGGCCACAUCAGGAGACAAACUCAACAACAACAAGUUCUCCGUCUGUAGUGUCAGGAACAUCAGCCAGGUCCUGGAGAAGAAGAGGGGAAGCUGCUUUGUCGAGUCAGGCCAGCCCAUCUGUGGUAAUGGGUUAGUGGAACCAGGGGAGGAGUGUGACUGUGGAUACAGCGAUCAGUGCAGAGACCAGUGUUGCUAUGACGCCGGGCAGCCUGACAACAGGAAGUGUAAACUAAAACCCAACAAAGUCUGCAGUCCUAGCCAGGGCCUGUGCUGUACUCCUGAGUGCUUCUAUAAGGGUCGUAAUGAGAAGUGUCGUGAAGAGUCUGAGUGUGCCCAUCAGGGCAUGUGUAACGGGGGUACGGCUCAGUGCCCCACCUCAGAACCCAAGGCCAACUUCACCGCCUGCCAUGGAGAGACUCAAGUCUGCCUCAAUGGGGGCUGCUCUGGCUCCAUCUGUGAGAAGUAUGGUCUGGAGGUCUGUACCUGUGCCAGCGUGGAGGGCAAGGACGAGACUGACGAGCUGUGCCACGUCUGCUGUAGCGAGAAGAUGAACCCCAACACCUGCAGCAGUACAGGCUCAGAGAAACUGGCCCGGUUCUUCAAUAAGAAAAUCACCACGCUGCCCGCGGGGUCUCCCUGCAACGACUUCAAGGGCUACUGUGACGUGUUCAUGAAGUGUCGGCUGGUGGACGCGGAUGGCCCUCUGGCCAGACUGAAGAAGGCCAUAUUCAACCCUGAGCUCUAUGAAAACAUUGCAGAGUGGAUAGUGGCUCACUGGUGGGCAGUGCUGUUGAUGGGCAUCGCUCUGAUCAUGCUGAUGGCGGGCUUCAUUAAGAUCUGUAGUGUCCACACUCCCUCCAGCAACCCUAAACUACCCCCACCCAAACCACUACCAGGCACGUUGAAGAGGAGGAGAGCCCAGCAGCACGCCAGGGAUGCCCAGGUGCACCAGUCCCAGUCCCACCACGGAAAUGUCAGUCACGGCCAGCACCACCCUGUCUCUGGGGGCCAGCGGCAGCAGCCCUCCCGCCAGCCCCAGCCCCAGAGGCACCACCGUAGCCAGGGCCAGCCCAGAGAAAACUACCAGAUGGGCCAGAUGAGACGCUGAGCUGCUGAGACACUGGGGUUCGGGGUGGGAACGCUGCUCCUUGCCUUGCCUUGGCUCCUCCUUGUGCCUAUCUAUGUCACUGCUGGGAUUGAGAUUUGAACCCAUUUGUUGGUAUUUGAGCCCAUGUCUCCAGGGUGAAAAUCCCACAUCUUAACCAUUAAACCUAGAGGGUUUUCUUCGAUGUUUCAUGAUUUAGGAUAGAUGGAAUUGAGGGAAAGAAAAGGGAACAACACUUUUUUAGUUUUUACACACUUUUUUUAGGAUUUCCUCUUUAUCUAAUGGUUACGGCGUUGUGUUGCCACGUGGGAGACCCGGAUUCAAAUCCCACCGGUUUACACCUAACAGUGGGAUACAACACGUGCUUCACUCCGCCCAAAGAACGGCCUAAACUGGUUGUUUACCAUCCCCAUACGUCAGACCCUCCAUCUACAAACAGACAAACAGGACGGAGUUGAGAGAGCUCAAAUAAAGACCUCUUCCAACGACCACCACUGGAGCUGCAGCACCUCUGACCUCUUCAAAUAAAGACCUCCUCCAACGACCACCACUGGAGCUGCAGCACCUCUGACCUCUUCAAAUAAAGACCUCCUCCAACGACCACCACUGGAGCUGAAGACCUCUGACCUCUUCAAAUAAAGACCCCCUCCAACGACCACCACUGGAGCUGCAGCACCUCUGACCUCUUCAGUCUUCAUCAAGCUGUUUUCUGGGGCUCUCACUGUGGGAGUGAGAUCUGCCAUUUUAGUUGACCUUCCUCCAUUUUGUCAUUCUGUGGAGUGGAAGUGACCAUCAGCCAUUGCAUUCUUUUUAAUUUUUAAAUGGAGUUCCAAGGAGUGGAGGAAUGGUUUCAUCACAUGUAGAUUUAGUCACGUGUUUUUCUUUCUUUCCAUUUGCAAAGUCCCUCCUCCUGAGUGAGAACAAACAUAUGUUCCAAGGCUCCUGGUUGGUUGAAAUGUUUUGUCAGCCAUCUUAGCCAGAAAUUAAAGAGAUUUGCUGGACUCGUGAUUACGACACAACGUUUCAAACUCAACAGCAAAAAGACACAAGGCUCUUCUCUUUGUUUCUCCGUGCAGACUCUCUGACCUGUCUGACUGUCUGUCUGUCUGUCUGACUGACUGUCUCUGACUGACUGUCUGUCUGUAAAGAUUUCAGUAUAACAUGAGUGAAAAAACACAACUAUUUCUUCUACUGUAAAUGUACAUAUGAAUCUUUAUUGUUUUUUGGUUAGUACUGUACUCUCAGGACAGUAACACAAAAGAAGGUAUCUGAAAGAGUAUAUGGGUAAGUUCUGUGGACUGGACACUGAAGUUGGGAAUUUUGACAGAAUUUCAGCAAUCAAGUUCUCAUUUUGCUGCAAUCAUGGAAUCCUAUGGAUGGAAUUCUCAUAGUGUUUAGUUUCAAGAGGUUCCAGAGGUAGAACAUAAGGUCACCACCAUAUCUCACUACUUCUCACCUUUGACCUUUUGUGACGUUCAAGAGCUCCCUCAUCUCUUCAUCUGGUAUUUUUGCUAACAACUUGUUCUGGCCGCGACGUAACAACUUGUUCUGGCCGCGACGUAACAACUUGUUCUGGUCGCGACGUAACAACUUGUUCUGGUCGCGACGUAACAACUUGUUCUGGUCGCGACGUAACAACUUGUUCUGGUCGCGACGUAACAACUUGUUCUGGUCGCGACGUAACAACUUGUUCUGGACGCGACGUAACAACUUGUUCUGGUCGUGACGUAACAACUUGUUCUGGUCGCGACGUAACAACUUGUUCUGGUCGCGACGUAACAACUUGUUCUGGUCGCGACGUAACAACUUGUUCUGGACGUGACGUAACAACUUGUUCUGGUCGCGACGUAACAACUUGUUCUGGUCGCGACGUAACAACUUGUUCUGGUCGCGACGUAACAACUUGUUCUGGUCGCGACGUAACAACUUGUUCUGGUCGCGACGUAACAACUUGUUCUGGUCGCGACGUAACAACUUGUUCUGGUCGCGACGUAACAACUUGUUCUGGUCGCGACGUAACAACUUGUUCUGGUCGCGACGUAACAACUUGUUCUGGUCGCGACGUAACAACUUGUUCUGGACGUGACGUAACAACUUGUUCUGGUCGCGACGUGACGUAACAACUUGUUCUGGCCGCGACGUGACAACUUGUUCUAGUCGUAACGUAACAACUUGUUCUGGUCGCAACGUGAUAGAAAGGAAAGGGAAGUCCACUUAGUUUUUACACACAUUUUUGUUUUGUCCCAGUUUAAAAAAAAUGUUAUAUACGUUUUGAUGCAGUAGAAUGAAUAGAACAAAUAACCACUAAUUAAAAUCUGAUUCUGCCUGUCAGGUCACUGAAGGCUAAGCUAGGCUAGGCUAAGCUAAGCUUGGCAUAGUGUGCAUCAAAAAUAGCACCCUAUUCCCUAUUUAUCCCUGGUCCAAACUAGUGCACUAUAUCUAGUUGAAGUCAGAAGUUUACAUACACUCACUAAAACUUGUUUUUCAACCACUCCACAAAUUUUGUGUUAACAAACUAUAGUUUUGGCAAGUCGGUUAGGACAUCUACUUUGUGCAUGACACAAGUAAUUUUUCCAACAAUUGUUUACAGACAGAUUAUUUCACUUAUAAUUCACUGCAUAACAAUUCCAGUGGGUCAGACGUUUACAUACACUAAGUUGACUGUGCCUUUUUAAACAGCUUGGAAAAUUCCAGAAAAUUAUGUCAUGGCUUUAGAAGCUUCUGAUAGGCUAAUUGACAUCAUUUGAGUCAAUUGGAGGUGUACCUGUGGAUGUAUUUCAAGGCCUACCUUCAAACUCAGUGCCUCCUUUGCUUGACAUCAUGGGAAAAUCAAAAGAAAUCAGCCAAGACCUCAGAAAAAAAACUGUAGACCUCCACUAAUUCUGGCACAUCCUUGGGAGCAAUUUCCAAAUGCCUGAAGGUACCAAGUUCAUCUGUACAAACAAUAGUACGCAAGUAUAAACACCAUGGGACCACACAGCCGUCAUACCGCUCAGGAAGGAGACGCGUUCUGUCUCCUAGGGAUGAACGUACUUUGGUGCGAAAAGUUCAAAUCAAUCCCAGAACAACAGCAAAGGACUUUGUGAAGAUGCUUGAGGAAACAGGUACAAAAGUAUCUCUAUCCACAGUAAAACGAGUCCUAUAUCGACUUAACCUAAAAGGCCGCUCAGCAAAGGAAGAAGCCACUGCUCCAAAACCGCCAUAAAAAAGCCAGACUACGGUUUGCAACUGCACAUGGGGACAAAGAUUGUACUUUUUGGAGAAAUGUCCUCUGGUCUGAUGAAACAAAAAUAGAACUGUUUGGCCAUAAUGACCAUCGUUAUGUUUGCAGGAAAAAGGGAGAGGCUUACAAGCCGAAGAACACCAUCCCAACCGUGAAGCACGGGGGUGGCAGCAUCAUGUUGUGGGGGUACUUUGCUGCAAGAGGGACUGGUGCAUUUAAAAAAAAAUAGAUGGCAUCAUGAGGCAGGAAAAUUAUGUGGAUAUAUUGAAGCAACAUCUCAAGACAUCAGUCAGGAAGUUAAUGCUUGGUCGCAAAUGGGUCUUCCAAAUGGACAAUGACCACAAGCAUACUUCCAAAGUUGUUGCAAAAUGGCUUAAGGACAACGAAGUCAAGGUAUUGGAGUGGCCAUCACAAAGCCCUGACCUCAAUCCUAUAGAAAUUUUGUGGGCAGAACUGAAAAAGCGAGCAAACCUGACUCAGUUACACCAGCUCUGUCAGGAGGAAUGGGCCAAAAUUCACCCAACUUAUUGUGGGAAGCUUGUGGAAGUCUACCUGAAACAUUUGACCCAAGUUAAACAAUUUAAAGGCAAUGCAACCAAAUACUAAUUGAGUGUAUGUAAACUUCUGACCCACUGGGAAUGUGAUGAAAGAAAUCGGCUAAUAUUCUGACAUUUCACAUUCUUAAAAUAAAGUGGUGAUCCUAACUGACCUAAAACAGGGAAUUUUUACUGGGAUUAAAUGUCAGGAAUUGUGGAAAAACUGAGUUUAAAUGUAUUUGGCUAAGGUGUAUGUAAACUUCCGACUUCAACUGUAGGUGUUAGGGUGCCAUUUCGUAUGUACACUUACUUUAGUACAGAGAGGGUAUUAACGACACAUUUAUAGGUUUUACGUGAAAAUAAAUCGAAAAUCAAUUCCAAUAUGGGGGGGGGGACAGGGGACAAUGUACGAUGUGGCCAUGCAGUCAUGUUAUUUUAAAAUGUAAAUGUGACCAUUGUUGAUUGACUGUACUAGGAUGUAAGGUCUGUAAUAUUUUGUCUGUUACACAAUUAAUCAUAACUGAUCAUGUUCCUAUGAUAGCUGGGGGUUGAUUUAGCUAGGUCUUUUAACCACCGGAACAAACCGCAGUUAUUCCAAGACGAUUGCACAUUCUAAUUGUCCACUAUGACCUAACACUUUGUUUUUAGAGCUAGUUGGUCAUAAAGGGUCAUUUUCCCCCCAUGUGUUGAUCACCUGCCCUGUAAAAAUGUGUGUGAAUGAUUGGGUUGUGUUGAUUUGGGCACCAAACGGAAGAGAACAGAAUGCAACGGGGAAGUACUACCUGGGCUUUUCCAAUAAGAAAUGCGUUUUUUUCUUUUCUUCAUUUGGCGUUGCAAAAAUGGUUUUUAAAUAUAUAUAUUUUUUGCUGUGUGCCCUAAUGAACAUGACCCUGUUCUGUUAAAAGACUGUGUCCCCUACAGAGAUGAGUGUCUCUGUGACCCUUUACAUUAGUUAACAUGAGUGUUAUUGUGCCAUACUUUAUGAAUGAGUCUUAUAUUUUUAUCUUUACUUUUAUAUAGGAAAAGCCAGUAGGAAGGUCUCUAAAAGCGAUGCACUAGUUUGAAUGGACGAAUGGAAGACUCCGAGUACAAACCGUUCUGGGACCAGGCUGUCUGGCCAACUCCUGUGGUGUAAUUGUCAUGCCAAACAGUCAUUUGACUCUGACUGACCAUAGAAGUUGGUCGUGUACCUCUGCUCAGACUUUGCAGACGCAUGCCAGAUCUUACAAAGCCUGGAUAGCUAUUUUAAGUACGAGCUAACCACAUCAUAUGUUAUAGCAACUGGUGCCUGACGAUACAGUCAAUGAUGUGGUACGUAACCAUUGGUUGAUGCGUGCAACGUCUAAAGAAAGAGGAGAGUAGGAGACUGGUAGUGGGACUGUUUGAUUUCCGGUGUUUACUCCUGCCCUUAAUACUACAAAGGCAGUGGAUUAGGUUGAUUUUAGAACAGCCUAGAUCAAGGAUGGGCAACUUUGAUGUGGGGUGGGAGCUACACAAUCUAAACUCAUCAUGAGGGGCAGCAGUGGCUCUCUGGUCUGUGCACCCACACUCAAACCCAUAUUCAUGCAGUCCGAGCCGGCCCUAGCCUUUUUGGGUCCCUAAGUGAACAUUUUGUUCGGGGGGUGCCCACCCUGCGAGCAAAACAUAUUAGCGCCCACUCGUCCCCUUCUUGACAGCAGAGAGAAUUAUAAAAACAUUUUUUUAGUUAAUUUCCUUCAAUUCUACACAUUUUCCUAUGGGGCAUAGAAAAUGUUGCAGUUUUUAAAGAAAGUUUGCUGUAAUUCUACACAUUUUGCCAUAGGGUGGAGAGAAGAUAUAAAAUUGCUAUAAGUAAUUUUAUGAAUUCAACUCAUUUUACUAUGGUGGCAAAGAGAAAAAAAAUUGCACUUUUACAGCCAAUGGCGAAGUUGCAUAAAAAUGGAAGAAUUCAGAUGAGACUUCAAAGCUUUUAGGACUCCCCACGGAGUUUGUUGUUAAACUACGGCGCGCAACAUGGUUCAAUAUACACUACGGCGCGCAACAUGGUUCAAUGUACACUACGGCGCGCAACAUGGUUCAAUGUACACUACGGCGCGCAUCAUGGUUCAAUGUACACUACGGCGCGCAACAUGGUUCAAUGUACACUACGGAGCGCAACAUGGUUCAAUGUACACUACGGCGCGCAACAUGGUUCAAUGUACAAUACGGAGCGCAACAUGGUUCAAUGUACACUACGGCGCGCAUCAUGGUUCAAUGUACACUACGGCGCGCAUCAUGGUUCAAUGUACACUACGGCGCGCAACAUGGUUUAAUGUACACUACGGCGCGCAACAUGGUUUAAUGUACCAGUAAUUUAGCACAAUCUACUUUUUCACUUUUUUUUAUUGUCUCCGUCUUGGAGCUAGAAUUAGGAUCAUGUAUAUUGCGCUAACGCUGAUACAUAAAAAGAGUAAUGUAGAGAAAUGUAAAAUACGCUGAACUUUAGCAAACAAGGUAUUUGUGGUUAAGUACGGGGGGGGGGGGGGGCGUCAUCUUUAUGCACCAUUGCUAUUUCCCGUAAUUCUGCUCAUUUUGCCGUAGGGUGGAGAGAAAUGUUUGCCGUUUUAAUAUGAUGUCUGAGUGAGAGUGACUAACAAAAUCACUGGGGUCGCCCCCCCGUAGGUAAUUUGACCAUGGCUAGACUACCUUACCAAUCAAAAUGUUUUAGUUAUAUUUCUGACAUGGGCUAAUUGCGUGACUGACAUAACAAGAGAGACACUGCAGAUACAAAACCAAAUUUAGAAAUUGGACCUUGUGUAUUCUACCAUUAUAACUUAACAUUAAGUUUAUAUUUUUGGGGGGGGGGUCGGGGGUGUUGAUCUGUGGUGCCCAUCCCUGACCUAGAUCAUGUAAACGGCUUCAAAGCUAACUGACUUGCUUUCCUGUUCUGGGUCAUGAUCACACGUACCCUUUUCACACUAUCGCUCAGACUCCAACCGUACUGUUCUGGGUCAGAUCUGUUAUUUUCACACUAUCGCUCAUGUAACAGUAUAACUUUACGUCGUCCCCUCGCCCCGACACGGGCGCGAACCAGGGACCCUCUGCACACAUCAACAACUGACACCCACACUCAGACUCCAACCGUACAGUUCUGGGUCAGAUCUGUUAUUUUCACACUAUCGCUCAGACUCCAACCGUACCGUUCUGGGUCAGAUCUGUUAUUUUCAAACUAUCGCUCAGACUCCAACCGUACCGUUCUGGGUCAGAACUGUUAUUUUCACACUAUCGCUCAGACUCCAACCGUACCGUUCUGGGUCAAUCUGUUAUUUCACACUAUCGUGCAGACUCCAACCGUACCGUUCUGGGUCAGAACUGUUAUUUUCACACUAUCGCUCAGACUCCAACCGUACAGUUCUGGGUCAGAUCUGUUAUUUUCACAUGGUCUUUUCCAGCACGGUUCCAGCAACGAUGGUAGAUGUGUAACCAGGCCAGGGCAGUAUAUCUUGGUUUGGCUUGGCUCGGUUCAGCUCGGUUGUGUGAAAACAGUCAUGGGCUCUGUAGGGGACUUUCUCACUUUUUGAAUCCUGUAUUUCACAUUGCUGAAUAAAUGGUUGCUAAACUCAUCAUGGAGUUUUUCUGUAGAAAAUGAAGUUGUUUUAAAAACCAUACUACUGGCUAGUACACUCACAGUACUCUCACAGUACACUCACUAACCCAGACUUAUUUCCUUGUAAACUUGUACAGUACUUGGGAGAUUUUGGAGUUUUUAUUUUAAGAUAAAAUUUGAAUUUCGAUACGUCUGUUACUUUCUUUUUUUGUUUUGUAAAUCCAUAUAAACUGUUCAGAGAUGUUCAUACACUAUAUAUACAACAGUAUGUGGACCCUCCCCCCUUCAAAUGUGUGGAUUUGGCUAUUUCAGCCACAAACAUUGGCUGUAGAAUGGCCUUACUGAAGAGCUCAGUGACUUUUAACGUGGCACCGUCACAGGAUGCCACCUUUCCAGCAAGUCAGUUCGUCAAAUUUCUGCCCUGCUUGUAAGUGCUGUUAUUGUGAGGUGGACACGUUUAGGAGCAACAAUGACUCAGCCGUGAAGUGGUAGGCCACACACGCUCACAGAACGGGACUGCUGAAGUGUGUAUGGUGUUAAAAUCGUCUGUCCUCGGUGUUGUAACACUCACUACCAAGUUCCAAACUGCCGUUGGAAGCAACGUCAGCACAAUAACUGUUGGUUGGGAGCUUCAUGAAAUGGGUUUCCAUGGCUGAGCAGCCACACACAAGCCUAAGAACACCAUGGAUAAUGCCAAGUGUCGGCUGGAGUGGUGUAAAGCUUUACUCCACCAUUGGACUCUGGAAGGGUGGAAAAACGUUCUCUGGAGUGAUGAAUCACACUUCACCAUAUGGCAGUCCGACGGAUGAAUAUGGGUUUGCCAGCUGCCAGGAGAACGCUACCUGCCCCAAUGCAUAGUGCCAACUGUAAAGUUUGGUGGAGGAGGAACAAUGGUCUGGGGCAGUUUUUCAUGGUUCAGGCUAGGCCCCUUAGUUCCAGUGAAGGGAAAUCUUAACGCUACAGCAUACAAUGACAUUCUAGAUGAUUCUGUGCUUCCAACUUUGUGGCAACUGUUUGGGGAAGGCCCUUUCCUGUUUCAGCAAUGCGAGGUUCAUACUGAAAUAAUUGUCAAGAUCGGUGUAGAACAACUUAACUGGCCUGCACAGAGCCCUGACCUCAACCCCAUCUAACAUAUUUUGGGAUGAACGCUGACUGCGGGGCCUAAUCGCCGAACAUCAGUGCCCAACCUCAUUAAUGCUCUUGUGGCUGAAUGGAAGCAAGUCCCCGCAGCAAUGUUCCAACAUCUAGUGGAAAGCCUUCCCAGAAGAGUGGAGGCUGUUAUAGCAGCAAAGGAGGGCCCAGUUCCAUAUUAAUGCCCAUGAUUUUGGAAUGACAUGUUCAACGAGCAGGUGUCCACAUUCUUUUGGCCAUGUAGUGUAUGUGAUAAAACCUCCCCUUCUCAGUAACACUUGAUUUGAAGGGUACUUAUAUUAGAAUUACAUAACAUUCAUCAAUCAUAAAUUGCACAUUCAUAUUAAAUACUUACACACUGCUUAUGAAUGUUAUGUAUAUGGUUUAUGAAUGUUAUAAAGUCCUUUUUAUUUAGGUACCCUUCAAAUAAAGUGUUACCAACCUUUCUGAGUUAUUUAUGUUCUUAUCUAUGCUAAUUGAAAUGGGAUUCAUUUUAAAUAUUUGUACAACUUUUUUUUUCUUCACCAUCAUGAAAAUGUUAAAAACAAUUAAUUGUGAUGGACUAACUGUGAGUUAGUAAAUUCGCUCUGGCGAUCUACUCCGAUUUCAGAGCACUCCCGUCUGAGUGUCAGAGCGCAGAAUAACUGCUGAAUGGCCAGUCUCAGUAAACGUCAGCCAAAAAGCGUAAUUAAAUUGUUGCCAGCAGCACAGUUAGUCACCAACGCUCUGGAUAACGUGAAAAAAAGCCUUACCAGCUCUGCUAGGGCGAGUAAAAUGGUCAGAGUGAGGUGUUCUCUCAUUUGUGUCUGGAAGUAGCUAGCUAAUUUUAGCUGGUUAGCUUGUGUGCUUGACUGCCGUUGUGAGGCCAGAACGCUCGGAUCAACGCUACUCCUCGGCCAGAUGUGCGCUCUGAACGCUCCGUGAGCGAAACGCUCUCAAUUUACGAACGCCCAGAGCGGCACUCUGGCGCUCUCUGUCACUCCAGAGUGAAUUUACAAACGCAUCCUAAAUCUUUCAUUCAUUGUCAUUUCAUUGUGUCUGUUCUCCUGUGGCAUGGUUUGGAUUAGAAGAACAACACAAUAAAUAAUGCCAGAAAAAUGUACUUUCUUUUUUAUUUUGUAUUCUUCAUGGUAAAAAAAGAGAAAGGUUUCUAGAUAUAAAACACGCACUGAAAUGUCAAAAAUUGAGUUGAAAAUGUUGUAGGUGAAAUGAUGUAGGCCGAAAGAACACAAGAUGAUUCAAAAGUUAGAAACUACUGUCUGAUUUUAAUGUUCACUGUGUUUUAUACAGUAUCAAAAAAUGUUGUUCACUUUUGAACAUUUUUACUAAAAAUUUCAAAAAAUGUAUUGUGCAAAGAGAUGUAAUUUUUUGGAGUACUUGAAAUGCAUUAAUUAAAAGACUCGUUCAAAAUUAA